AUGGCAUCAAAAAAAGUAAAAACACCUCAACCUGAAACAGCCAUUGUUUCUGGUCCUCAACCUAAAGAAGGAGAAUUAGUUUUUGGUGUGGCUCAUAUUUUUGCUUCUUUCAAUGAUACAUUUAUACAUGUAACAGAUUUAAGUGGAAGAGAAACUUUAGUUAGAAUUACAGGUGGAAUGAAAGUUAAAGCUGAUAGAGAUGAAUCAAGUCCAUACGCUGCUAUGAUGGCAGCUCAAGAUGUAGCUGCAAGGCUAAAAGAACUAGGAGUUACAGCAAUCCAUAUUAAAUUAAGAGCCUCAGGUGGAACAAAAUCUAAGACCCCAGGUCCAGGAGCCCAAUCAGCCCUAAGAGCUUUAGCACGUUCCGGAUUAAAAAUUGGAAGAAUUGAAGAUGUAACUCCAAUCCCAACAGAUUCUACAAGAAAAAAGUCAGGAAGAAGAGGAAGACGUUUAUAA